AAUUAUUUAAUAAUUCUUUCAUAUAUAAAUCGCUGCUGUUAGAUAAAUAAAAUAGUUUUACGAACGAUUUACACUGUUCGUCUUUCAUGAAUGAGGCGCAGCGCGUGCAACAUUACCCUGAAAUAACACACACACAGGCGGAGCGAGCGAGGAGUGAGUAUAAAGAGCGGCGGAGUGAGUCCAGAUCUCCAGAUCUUCAGGAGAACCGCUGAGGAGCGACACACACCAGAUCCUCAGCAUCUUCACCAGAGCCAUGGAGAAGAAACACACACAGACAGCGAUUAUGGACAGUGAACUAUCAGAGCAGAUCAAAGCUGUGACUAAAGAGGUUCACGUGCGAGCGGAGAACACGGAGCUGAUGCUGAGCUACCAGAGAGGACGUGUGUCCCUGCAGCAGUAUCAGCUGCUCUUGUGUUCGCUGUAUAAGAUCUACGAGGCGCUGGAGGAGGCGCUGGACACAAACGCUUCCCAUCAUGCCGUGGCACCCAUUUACUUCCCACAGGAACUGGCCCGACUGGAGUCCAUCGGGAAAGACCUGGAGUAUUUCUACGGCCAGAGCUGGAGGGAGAAGAUCACGGUGCCGGCCGCGACGCUGAGAUACGCACAGAGACUGAGAGAGGUGGGUCGAGAUCACCCGGAGUAUCUGCUGGCUCACGCUUACACACGCUAUCUGGGCGACCUGUCGGGCGGGCAGGUGCUGGGCCGCAUCACGCAGAAGUCUCUUGGGCUGAAGAGCGGGGAGGGCUUGUCCUUUUUCUCGUUUCCGGGCGUCAGCAGCCCAAACCUCUUCAAGCAGCUGUACAGGAGCCGCAUGAACAGCGUGGAGCUGACGGAGGAGCAGCGGAGCGGCGUGCUGCAGGAGGCCCUCGACGCCUUCCAGCUCAACAUCCAGGUGUUUAACGAGCUGCAGGAAUCACUGAGCUGCGUCUCAGACACAGAGAAUGAAGUGAGGCAGAGACACACACAACACAAGCAGAACACAACAACAACAACAACAACAACAACAGAUGGAGGAGUGUGUGAAGCGCUGCGGAGCUCGUCUCUGGUGCCUCGGUUCCUGCGGACGCUGCUCGGUGUGUUCGUGGUUCUGGCCGUCGGGAUGGUCUACGCUUUUUAAGCCGGUUUAAUAUCUCACACAUUAUUAGAACUGUAAAAAAACGAUGUCACACUUUGCAGACAAUAAAUGUGUUAUUUAAUCAUAAACACGUGAUUGUAUGUUUAUCAUUAUAUAGUUCUGAAUAAUUCAAAUGUUGAAAUUUGUUUACAGACACAAUAAUUUUGUAACCAUGUAUAUAUGCCUUUGUAUUAUUAAUACUAUAUUUUUGUAAUAAAAUCUGUUUAAGGAUU